AGUUUUCCAGACACUGCGAAGACCACCAUUUUGUUGUUUUGGCGUUGCAAAUUUUUUCGGGAUGAAAGAAGUUUAGGAAAGGCAACGUUUUUAAGUAAUUAGAGGUUCAAAACCGCUUUCAACGACGCCGAUAGGUUGCCGGGAAUGCCGGUGCAGCAUUAAGUGAAUCCAAUCAUCCCAGAAGUACUGAAAUAUGAGCGGAUCCAAUGCAAAGGGCUCUGGGACUGGCUUCGGCAGCCACAUCCCUAGCAUCGAGGAGAAGAACAAGCAGAUCCAACAGGAGACAAUGAUGGAGAAGCUGCGGGCAAAGUACCGGAGCAAGCCGAAGAGCUACGAGGAGAUCAAGAAGUCGGUGCGGAUGUACUUCAUAGAAAAGCACUAUCCUCUGGACCCGCUCUGCAAGGCCACGCUGCAGUCUGCGCUGGACAAGCUGCAGCACUACAUAAAGGUCACUUCGCGCCACGGCCUUGUGGAACGCCUGGAGAGCCUCUCGCGACAACUGGGCUUGAAAUUCAUGGAGGACCAGCAGCUGCUCUUUAUCUCCACAGACAUGUUCUACGUGGAGAUCCUGUUGGACGCUGCUGGCAGCCUGUCGGAUGUCAAGGUGCACCACGAGUGCAAGAUCGAACAGCAGUCCAGCGAGUUGGUGGCCUGUCUCAAAUCCGGUGACUUCGCUGACUUCACGGUCCAACUGGAGGGCUUGUCCUCCAUCUACCAACUGAACGCCGAGCCCAAGAUAAAGAAGAAGGCUUUUGUGGCGCUCCAGGCCAUGGAGACGGACAUCCAGAGCCUCUACCAGUUACACCUUCAGAGUCACUCCGGCGACAGCUACUCGCUAAUGACCAGCUCCGCCGUGGGCCUCGUUCUGCCCCGACGGGGUGGCCACCCUAUGAAGCUCACUUACUUCUGCCCGCCGCUUCACCUGCCCGAGGGGGAUCCUAAACUGUCCAGCGGCGACUUCACCAUCGAUCAGGUUAUGCGCAGCAGCUACGGGCUCAGUGCUACUGUAAAUCUAGAGGGUUCCUCGGCCAACAAGCUGCAGACCCUGCCCAUCGUGACCUUGGCCCGCGAUGCUCAGACUGGACUGGAGGUCCCAACUUAUGCGCCCCUUAACCAAAACAACUCGCUGCUAAUGCCAGCUACGUAUGUGCUGCGGCUGAAUAAGCCCAUGCCUGUGUGCUUAGAGUCUCUAAAGGCACUCGGAUUGCCCGGGCUAGAUGCCACUGCCACACCUCCCAGCCCACCCACUACAGUGCUCAAUUUGAUUGUACUGACUGCUUCUAAAAACGCUAUUAAGAACACUCAGCGCGGUCUUUAUGUAAAUCUGCCUAAGGAGACGCACUGCUACUUCUUCACCGACAACCGUAAACUGCAGGGAACACUGGUGUCCUCCUUGCCCUUCACUGAGCCCGCUCAGGUACCGCGAGUCGUAACGUUCCUCAAAAAGCAGGCGCUCUUCUACACUUUGCUUGCCAGUUGUGUUCGCGAGCAGCAGAAACAGUAUAAUGACAUGGACAGCACUGUGAUACUGGAGGUAACCGCAGUGUCCUUUAAUCAGAUCACCGUGGAACUGCAGCAUCCGUACGAAGAGUCGCUGGCCACAGUGGAUUUCUUACUAGAGGAUGGUCAGCCCACGUGUAGUGUCUACUGUUUGAGUAAUGAAUAUGAGCUGCUGUCCCAAAAACUCACCCGCACCGUCCGCAAAGUAGUUUCCAUACCGAUGGUCAUCUACAAGCUAUUAAAGUGCUGGGAUGAGGAGCACGAGUUCAAACUGCACGGCGUUAUUGGUCCUGGUGCGGGUGCAGCGGGCUCAGGAGCAAUUGGAGGCGGUGGAGGCAUGGGUGGUGGAAUUGCUUCAGGCGGAGGCAGUGGCUUUAACCAGUUUGCAAUGAACACGGCCCCGCUGCCAGAUGGUAGUCUACCCGGUGGUGGUUUCGCCAACAUCAGCAACCUGAAAAUGGACGCUAAAUCUCGAUCUCUAGCGGAUGCUUUUGCCGCCUCCACAUCGGCUGCAGCGGCCAUUGCCGGGCUGAUUAACCUAAAGCGCGAAACGGAUCCCCAAUCUGGCAGUUCAACUGGGUGUAGCGGCAGCUCUAGUUCUACCGGCGCCGUCAAGACGAGCGAGCACGACAUUGCUGACAAGUAUAAAAAUAUUUGGAAGGAUAAGACUCCGAAUCUAAAGCAUUGUGUCAGCAUCACGCCUAUUCCUGGAGAUGGCAAGUCUACGGGACCAACAAGCGGAGUCCCUGGCGUUGAUGUUCAGCGCACGGGGGGCAUUGAGAUUAUUCCCCUAAACGCCCAGGCUGCUGUCGUUGGUGGCAAUGUCGCAUCCUCGUCCACUGCUGCACCUACGACAAUAACAAUCACCCCUAUAACGGGCAAGGACCCUAGUAAGGAUUCGUCGAAAAAGAGCGGAUCUUCUUCGGCUGGAGUAAGUGUUGCCGCCAAGCGUCCUCACGAAAGCAGCGCCAGUAGCUCGUCUGCGUCUGGUGGGGGUGGCUCUGGCAGUUCCUUGUCAUCUUCGACCAGUAGUGGCUCCUCGGACACGCAAAAAGAGAAAAAACGAAAAAAGAAGCGAGACGAUUCGCCCAUGGGACCACCGGAGAAGAUAUAUUCUCGGCAAAACUCGCCGGCGGCUGGCGGAGAUGCUUCAGCGGCUGGUGGAGUGGUUCGAAAGUUCUCUUCGCCCUCUUCAUCGCCUAAGGCAGGUGGUGCUGGUCAAGGUCUGAUGGCGGGAGUGCCGACAGCGCGUCCCAGCCCAAAGCACUCGCCCGUUUACAGCAGUCCAAAACAUAACACCGCAUCCAACAGUCCAAAAUCACCAUUUGGAACGCACUCGCCUAAACAUGGCUCCUCCGGAAAGCCGAGCAUGUCCACGUUGAAGAGUGCAGCCACAGCUGCCACCAUUUUGAGUCCAAAGGGCGAUAAGUCCUCGUCGGCUGUGAUGGCCACAUCAUCAGGAUCAUCCGCCUCCUCGGGAUCUGGUGGAGCUCCUGGCCUGGUGCGUUCUUUUGCCAGCGUUGGAGCGCCGCCUCCACCACCGCCAAUUCCUCCAUUAGCAAGCGCUAGCGGAUCCGUCGGCAGCAGCCAGAGUUUAAAGAAGGAGAAGUCCUCUUCCGGAUCUAGUUCCGGUUCCGCUUCAUCCUCGGCAGCUGCGGCUGUUUCAUCUGGCGGAGGCAUUUCGCCGGCCAGCGUGGCGGCUGCAGUGGCAGCCCUGAAAUCUACUCAGCAGCAGAUGAAGUCGGUCGCCAGUCUUUCGCAUCUGGCAGCGGGCGGAGGAUUAGGUAGCUAUGCGACGACGUCGGGAGCGGGCGGAUCGGCUGGAUCAGUGGUGGUGGGAGCAGGAGCAGGAGCUGGAGCGGGGGCUUCCGGACUGGAGCUGAGUGCCCUGCGCAAGGGCAUAGCGGGAGGUGCGGUUAGUUUGAUGACGUCGACGGCAGCUUUAGCGCCAACAAUCCUGGCAGCAACAACAACAGUGGCAGCGGGAGCAGCGGCAUCGUCGGGGUCAUUGGCGCUUCCAGUCUCGGCGGGAGUGGGUCAGGGUCAGGGAACAGCGGCACCAGCAGCAACAGCAGCAGCAACACUGGUAGCAUCAACAAUGCUGCAGCAGCAGCAACAGCCGGGAGUAGCGCCAACUAGUAGCUGCUUGGCCACCAGCGGGGCCAGCAGCGACUCCGCCGGCGGCAGCACUCCGGGCGGAGCCUCCACGGAAUACAUGGUGAGGCCCAGCAGCCAGGAGGGCCUCAAGUUGACCAUCAACAAGACGGGCAGCAGCAAGAACUGCGGCUCCGGCUCUAGUUCUUCCUCCGCCAGCCAAGCGAAGGCAAAGAGCAGUGGCAGUGGAACGACGAGCUUCGCUGCAUCCUCUGGUUCCACGAAGAAGCAACAUACCGGGCUGAAGCCAGGCGUUAACAGCGGACCCGCUUCUAAGAAGGCCACAGCAGCAGCAUCGGUCUCUGGAACAUCGUCCAACAAGCAUCUCUUCCAAAAAGCCAACUCCUCGGGCAAUCUCAGCAGCAAGCUAAGCGGAUCGGGUGCCGGCGGAGGAGUUCCGCUGACUAAAAGCAACAGUACCAACUCUUUCCAAGAGCACAACGCCCCUAGGCGUCGUCCCAGCAUGGGAGCCUUGGCAAGCGGCAGCAGUGGUAGCGGCAGUGCACAGCGCAAGUCCAGCUCCACUUCGACAGGGGUCAGCGGUUCGUCGGGCGGGGUCUCGCCGGCCCUCAGCGGUUCCAUGUCGCAACCACCACCUCGAUUUGAUCACCACACCGAUAUGAUGACCAUCCUGCAAUACGCCUCUCCAACAAUGGCAGCCAGCAUGGAGGGCUUCAUUAAGGGGCUGCACAACAAGUUUCAAAUCCCAAAACUUUCGCAGCGAGGAAGCGGAGGCAAUACAACAAGUGGACGCACUACCCCUAGUGGAAGCGCGGAUCCGGCUGCAGCAGGAACAUCAUCUGCGAUGUCUGGAGUUGCGGCCAGCUCGACUGGAUUGGCGGAGUCGGAAGCCAAGCCGCCGGCACCUCCUCCCCCACCUGGCAAUGAUGGACUCCUCAACCUGAGCAGCACGGGCGGAAUGACAUCAGGGGAUGGCAUCGAUGAGGAGCUUCUGGCUAGCUUGGCUGGCGAAUGACAGAAGGUAGACAAUCACGAGAUAUUCCUGUUGCUCUAUGCUAUUUUCAUUUAAAGCUAUCUUAGUCACUAAGUUAUGAAGAAUUAGUUGGAAGCCAUUAGUUACAUGAUUUUGGGCUAAAGAAACUAUGGGGGCUAAGAUUAUUAUUAGUUUAUUUCUUAGCUCCAUUGACAGAUCCCAAUAUAAUAUACUCCCAAGGAAGAUUUGAAAACACGACACGAAUUUGGUACAAAAUCUUAGAGAUCACUGAUUCUGUGAAGUCGAAUAAAAAUAAACACCCUUAGCUUUGGUUAAAAUUCAUUAGGUAUAACUAAUAGCGAUAUAUUAUUGCUCGCAAAACAUCGCUCUAAAUGUUAUGUAAACUAUAAUAAAUGUAUUCAGUUGGAGGUGUA